UGAGAGCUGGUAAGGUCGCGGAAAGCAGCAGUGAGGAAGUAGGAGCCAUGAAGCCCAACGCCGUGACUCGCGCUUGGCGACGAGUGUCCGGAUGCUGUAUCGAGAAGCCGCUGGCUCGCCAGGCACUUGCCGAGAUGGUGGGCACUCUCGUGCUCACCCUUGUCGGCGACUGCGUCCUCGCCUCGCUAGCUGUCUUCCAGCUGGGCUCCGUGGGCCUCGCUGCCGGACCUCUGGGAUGGGGUCUCGCUGUCUUUCUGGGCGUACUGGUCGCCGGAGGAGUGUCCGGUGCCCACCUGAACCCGGCCGUCACGGUCGCCUUGGCCACCAUUGGAAAGCUUGGCUGGUGUAACGUACUCGCCUAUGUCGCCGCGCAGUACCUCGGUGCUUUCCUGGCCUCCGGACUCGUUUACCUGGUGUACGCCGACGCGCUUGCCCAGGUUGACGCCAACCUCGAUACUGUGUACGGCAUCAACGCGACGGCUCCAGUGUUCUCCUGCUUCCCUGCUCCCGGUGUGUCCACACUCACGUGCCUCUUGGAUCAAACUGUCAGCACGGCAGUGCUGCUGCUCGGUAUCUGUGCCAUCACGGAUACCCGUAACAUGGCAGUGCCCCGCGGCCAGCAGCCGCUCCUCGUCGGCCUUACCGUCUCCGCCUGCAUGUACGCCUUCUCGUACAACUGUGGCAAUCCCCUCAACCCCGCUCGCGACCUUGCCCCAAGGAUCUUCACGGCCAUGUGUGGCUGGGGCUCCGCCGUGUUUUCCUUCCGCGCCUACAAUUGGUUUUGGGUGCCCGUGGUCGGCCCGCAUCUUGGGGCCGUUAUCGGAGUCUGGAUCUACAAACUUGCCGUGGACAACCAUUGGAGGGACGAGGACGAAAUAGAUGACGAGAAGAAACCACUGCUCGGCAAUGGUAAAAUCGCCUAAGACCGACCGGCGCUUGCCGCUCUUCGUGUACAGUCUAUAUAUAGCAUAACCUGUUGCGUUUUUAUGCCUAUGUGCUUGUUAUACAUACGUUAAUAAACGGUACGUUUCUUUUAAAAACAA